AUGGAGGAUCAAUGCAGGAGCUGGAAUGUCAAAAUACGGGGAAUCCUGGAGACCGUGAUCCCUGAUGAACUACCACACUAUAUCAGGAGGCUUCUAACAACACUACUUACCUCAAAACAUGCUAAACAAGCCUUGAUCGAUGGGGUUUUUGCAUCCCAAGAGCUACCAGAGACCCAGCAGAAUCCCCAAGGCAUGUCAUACUACUCCAAACAAGGUCAGUACAGCUAUCCACCUACUCCUUUGAAAACUCCACCCUUGUGUUUCUACCAAGACCUGUCCAGACCUAACUUGGUAUUGAAAAGCCAAUACCACUGA